AAUGGUGAAAGAACAUCUUGUGCAAGGCAAAGAAUUUGCGGUCCAACUUCAAAGUCUACUUCAACAGCCUCUUGCACGUCAUAAUAAAUCAGUCUCACCUCAUAACCUUAUACUUAAAAUCUUGACUUGUUUCACUAAGGCUCUCUCUGGCGUAACUGGUUCCAAAAAUUUUAGCAACGAGUUUAGGAAGAAGGACAAGCAAGUCGUGAAGAAUCGACGAGGUUGCUAUGGGAGAAAAAGAAAAGCAUUAGAUUCAUGGACGAGAGAGACUACAACAACGGAAGAUGGACAUGCAUGGAGGAAAUACGGACAAAAGGUUAUACUUAACUCAAAAUAUCCAAGGUGUUACUAUAGGUGCAGUCAUAAAGUAUGAUCAAGAGUGCUAUGCCACUAAACAAGUUGAGAGAAUUAAAGAGGAGGACCCAAUUAUGUAUCGAACUAAAUAUUUUGGACAUCACGAUUGU